UAGAUGCUUACACAGGUGAUAUUUUUAAUGAACAAGCAGACAAACUAGCAGGAGAGGGAGUUAAUUCAGAAUCAAUAUUUAAAAUCAAUUCAGAUUAUAUCAGAGAACAACAAUGUCAUUUCAAAUGGAAUGGUGAAAGUAUUGAUACAGAUAUCAAAUCUUUUAUAAAAAAGAAAGAGGAGGUUGAAUCACUAACAACAUGGUUCACACAACAUUAUAUUAACAAAUGGCUAAAUAAAAAAAUAAUGGAAGAAACUAAUUGGAAAUGGUCAGUUCAAUCAUGGCACAGUUCGUAA